AUGUCCAUGCCAAAUGAGGGAAUAAAGAGAGCCAUGUUCCUUGACCGGACGGCGGUGCUGUGCCGUGCUGUUCGAAUCUCCCACCGCCGGCAGCGUGCAGUGACAGCGAGCGACAAGCAUGUUGCCUAUCGAGACAGCCUGGAAGCAUUCCGCACGGAUCAUAACGCAGAGCUAGGAGAGAUACCUUUGUUGAGAUCGAGCGAUGAGUGA